AUGACACCUACCUCUUUACAAAUUAAAGUUAAAGCUUUGCAAAGAUUAAUUAAGGAAGAAACUUAUUACAAGCAAGAAUUAAAAGAACAAACUGAACAUGUUGAAAAAUUAAAGAAUGAUUCUGAGGUUGAUCCUUAUGAUCUAAAAAAACAAAUUGAAGUUCAACAAGAUACUGAAAGAUUGCUACCAAGUUUAUACAAAAAAAUUGAACAAUUUAAAGAAAAUUUGAACGAAUAUAUGGAAUCUUACGAAGGCACUGAAGAUUUGACUGAGGCUAAAGAAAUCGUUAUUAAAGCAAAUGAAUUAUUGUCUACUAAGAUUUCUGCUUAG